AAACUGAAUAGACACAUAGUCAACAUAUAGAACAUUCAAUGGAAAUCCAGUAAACAAACUCUGGAGUAUAAACUGAUUUACACUGAGGAUGUAUCCUAAUAUGCAGAGGGAGGGAUGCUGCUGUGACGAAUACAGUGCCCYCCCCCCCCCCAGACACACACACACAGGCAGUCUGUCUCCCCGCCUCCUCCAUUCGUGUGUGUGCUGCAGUUGUUCGAUGGGGGAAUGUUUUUGCGCGGCACCUUGUCUGUCACCGCGCUGAGCUGAAAGGAGAGCGCAGCAGAGUGUGUGUGUGUUAUGCAGGCAUUCCUGUGUCCAGCUUCAGGUGAUUCAGUAGGAGCUUUUGCUGUGUGUGACAGCCACUAUUCUGCUGUUGGUCGUGUGUUUAGCUCGGUAAGCCAUCGAGGAGGAGCUGUCAUUGAGAGUUGUUUGCAUUUGACUGCUGCAGGAGACCGCCAGGAAGGGAGGGAGCAGGAAAGGGGGAGCGCUGGAACGAGUGAGAGACAGCUGUUACCCUCCAUGUCCAUUGGUCUGUUCAUCUUCUCUAGAGAUGCUUGCUAGUGUUUAGCUGUGUGGCUGAUACAGCACAUGCCUGAGUCUGGCUGAAGUCAUACAAUGGCGGUACUGAAUGUUCUCUCUGGGUAGAGGAUGGACGGUGAGGUAGCUAGUCAGCUGGGCUCUAUGCUGCUGUGUGCUGAGCAUCAGACUGUGUUUGUGUGAGAGAGAAGAGAAGCGGCUGAUUUCCUCCACAGCAGAGAGGUUCGGAGCUCCUCGUGGCUUUGUUUAGGCUGCCUGGCGGGAGAGAAACAGUGGGCUGAUUUCAGUGUGUUCAGUCAGAGGCACAAUAAAUGUGAGCUGAGCUUGGGUGGUGGCAGGAUUAGUGCUAGAGGUAACUUAGUGUGACUGUGGACCGGACAGACACACACCCAUUCAUUCACACUUAGAGAGACAUGCAUACCAUUGACUGUGUGAAACCGAUAUUAGGGACUUUGUGUAUUUUCAGCCGUUACUGCACCAUUAGAGCAGGCAGCUCUCCUUAUACCUCAGGCUGCCGUUACAUUACAGCAGUGUGCUUUGGGGACUGAUACUCAGAUUGCUUUAUGUAGCCAGCAGGCCAGUUGUGGAGCCUCCUCAUCUCUCUUACCUGGCUUAUGGUUGAGCCGGAGAGGUAUUCUAUCCUUAGAGUGCAGAAGGGAUUUAGCCCCUAAACUACUUGAGACUGUGAAUUCAGCAGGACUUUGGUAUACAGGAAUUGAGAUUUGGAUUGGAUCCGCUUGUGAAGGAAGAGCACGGCCAUUGAUAGGUCUCGUKGGGGGGUAUAGUAAAGACUCAGUGGUGCGUGAAAUUGGUUGAGGGAUAGUGUGUCAGACAGGGUGUGUGUGUGUCCAUUCUCACGCGUCAUGCUGUGCCCUGCAUCCUGCCUGCCUCUCCUGAGGGAGAUGGCUCAGUGGCGCUGCCUCCUGGGGUGGCACCGCCAUCACGGCGUCAGCACGGGGGUCACGGCAGGGGCUGGGCUGGGGUCAGAAGUCAGGGUUGCGGUGGGGGGCACGACUCGACCCAUCUGCCGCACCAAUCCUCAACAGGGGAGCAAGUACGCAUCAGCUGGCUGCCUGUUGUCCCUCCACCACAGUGAGAAGCCUGAACACGAGGAAGUGUGUGAGUUCCGUCCCUACACAUGCCCGUGCCCCGGAGCUUCUUGUAAGUGGCAGGGCUCCCUGGAGGCCGUCAUGCCCCACCUGAUGCACGCCCACAAGUCCAUCACCACCCUGCAGGGAGAGGACAUCGUCUUCCUGGCCACAGACAUCAACCUGCCGGGGGCUGUGGACUGGGUCAUGAUGCAGUCCUGCUUCGGCCACCACUUCAUGCUGGUCCUGGAGAAGCAGGAGAAGUACGAGGGCCACCAGCAGUUCUUCGCCGUGGUGCUGCUCAUCGGAACAAGGAAGCAGGCCGAGAACUUCGCCUACCGCCUGGAGCUCAACGGGAACCGGCGGCGCCUCACCUGGGAGGCCACGCCCCGCUCCAUCCACGACGGCGUGGCAGCUGCCAUCAUGAACAGCGACUGUUUGGUGUUUGACACGUCCAUCGCGCACCUGUUUGCUGACAACGGCAACCUGGGGAUCAACGUCACCAUCUCCAUGUGCUGAGCUGCUCAGAUUGGAAACACACACACCCGUGCGUAGAAGUUACACACAAACCAGUGUACAGUUACUGACUGCUGUGUGAUGCAGUAGAGGUUUUGUGUGUGAGAGGACGGGUAGGAGAUCGAGAGGAUAUAUGUGUGUGUGUGUUGCUGCUUGAGGCUUGUUGGCUCCCCAUAAUGCUUGAAUGGAAACUGGCCUGUAGCGUAGUUUCAAGGUGUGUGCCUGUUCUCUCAUUGUGUGUGCUGGAGACAGUGUACAGUAGCUUACAUGUGGUGGGCUUGUAAUGAUUGAUUCCCUACCUGUGCCCAGGUGAGUUUGCCUUGCUCCCAGGACCCCACAUCCCUCAACUGCUCCYACUCCGCUCACCCCCACCACCUCUUCUGCCCAGCCAACCGGUGCCAGGCAAGGAGGGCACUGCCCAGGGUAAGAAGGGGCGGUCCGUCAAUCUGCUUCCACCCUGCAGAUUCAGAGAAGCUCCACUUCAACAGCCAGUGGCCCCUGCAGAUGCAGCUUUCUAAUCCUCACAGCGAAUCAAGUUUCAGUAAAUUGGACAGUGGACAAAUCGGGGCUUCAGAGACGCAUGUGGGCAGAGUCAGGGCCUGAUGGUGACCAAUGCGCUGCCUCCCAGUCUGGGUUAGUGUGAGCUGUGGGGUUGCUCAUGCUCUGCUAAAGGAUUACACAGACUACUAACCAACUCCUUACUGUUCAAAACAGUAAGCUGCAAAACGCAACCAUUUCCAUAAGUAUGUCAUGCUUAUUAAAACAAGCCUAUGUUAUGUCCAGAGUGUCUAUGAAAUGAAGAUGGUGACACUGUAACUGAGAGGUUGUGUGUAUAAUAUACACUGAGUGUACGAAACAUUAGGAACACCUUCCUAGUAUUGAGUUGCRCUCCCUUUUGCUCUCCGAA